AUGCAUUCCUUCACCAAGGUCGUCGCUGUCCUCUCUUGCGUCCUGCACUACGCCGCCGCCUUCAGCGGGGACAUGACCUACUACACGCCCGGCCUCGGCUCGUGCGGCCAGACAAACUCGGAGUCGGACGCCGUGGUAGCCCUCUCGCCCAGCCAGUAUGCCGCGGACCCUCAACUCUGCGGGAAGAAGAUCCAGAUCCACAUGGGCGGCAAGACUGCCGUAGCCACGGUCGUCGACAAGUGCCCCGGAUGCAGCAGCGAUUCCAUCGACGUGUCGCCCACCGUCUUCCAGGAACUCUCGCCUCUGACCGUCGGUCGCGUCAAGGUCGAGUGGGAUUUCACCACGUAA